GUCAUUUGACGGUUUUUAUAAAUAACAUUAAGGUACAUAAAACACCCCAAGGAGCAGCCAUAUUUCAGCUUCUUCUGCAACGCAAAAAUAUUCAAAGUGGCGUUGGUCUCUUUCACGGAGAUGAUGGCGAUGAAUCAUCCGUCGUAAAUGACGGUUUUCCUUGAAGGGGUAAAAUGCGAGAUGUGAUGGACGUCAGGUAAAAGGAUGCAUGUGCGUGCAGCACUUAUCCUUUUUACGGAUCGUCUAUAGGUUACCAGAAUAUGACCGCAAAUAUUUUCUUCUUGACCUCAUCGGUAUGUUUUCAGAAUGGCAUUUCUUUUUUUCCUUACUCUUUGUGCGUUUAUAUGAAAUGCGCACACAGGUGAUUGAGAUGCGCCACAUAGACAGGCGCUGAUUACUAACAGCAGCGAUCCACUUCAUCACGUUUCACGAGAUGGGACGUUUCGUCUGAGUUUUUCUUUUUUUGCGAUGGUUUAACUUUAAUUUAAUAUUUUAUGGGAAAAAGUUAAGGUAAUAUACUAAAUAGUGCUUACGUAAUAGUCGACAGACUAGUAGUAAAAUAGUACAUAGAAUAAUCACAGUUGUGUUGGCGACGACGUAUUGCCUGCGAAGUGGCAGUGAACGAGGCCAAUAACAUUAGGGAUGCAAUUUUCAAAAGAUACCCACUAACAACUAAUAUGGUAGGACCCUUUCUAACGAUGCUCCUUAAGGCCUUGUGGAUGAAUGUAUUUACAUGUAUUUUCUAUUCUCCUUUUUAGAGGGUAUUGUUGGUGUCACAA